AUGACAACAGAUACAACGACAACCACGACUACUACAACUACGAUUACCACAACUACGACGACGUCAACAACCACGACUACCACAACUAUGACAAUGACAACUACGACAACGUCGAUAACUACAACAACAACGACCUCGACAGCCAGUACCACAACCACGACAACUCCAAUUUGUAUCAAUCCAUUGACAAUUCCAGCAUGUGCUACUUGGAAUCAAACAGGAAUCACAGUAGCCGGUCAUCAGGGUGGAGCAACUGGUAGUAAUUUGGCAUCACUCAAUUAUCCAAUAGACAUUUUCAUUGAUGCCAACGAUACAUUGUUUAUUGCCGACGGAAAUAACAAUCGAAUUGUCAAAUACUAUUUUAAUGAAACCACUGGAGUUCUUGUGGCUGGUAAUAUUGUUGCUGGAAGUAGUGCCGUUCUUUUGGAUCAGCCAAAAGGCAUUGCUGUUGAUGACAUGGGUAACGUUUUCGUUGGUGAUACUGCAAAUUAUCGAAUUCAAAAAUUUUCUCCUAAUUCAACAGCAGCUACCACAAUAGCUAUCAAUAGUAUGACGAGUCGCCUUGGUUUGACGCGUGAUUUGCAUAUUGAUUGUUUCAACAACAUUUAUGUGACCGAUUCGGAUUAUAAUCGAGUUGCCAAAUAUAAUCCUACUAAUGGUAACCGUGUGAUUGUAGCAGGUAACAAUGGGGCAGGAGGGGCAGCUAAUCAGUUCUCAGCUCCAUACGGAAGUUUCAUCGAUGCAAAUCAAACACUCUAUGUUGCUGACUACGGGAACGAACGUGUUCAAAUGUGGGCUUCUGGAGCAACGAGCGGAGUCACUGUAGCCGGUAUCACAGGAACAGCUGGUGCAUCUAUGAAGCGUUUGAACGGUCCUAUAGCAUUAAUGGUUGAUACCAAUGGGUAG